AUGCUACCGCCCAAACCACUGCUACGUCCAACACCCACGUUACAGCCCAAACACCUGCAGCGGCCUACACCCAUGUUAUCGCCCAAACCACUGCUACGGCCUACACCCACGUUACAGCCCAAACACCUGCAGCGGCCUACACCCAUGUUAUCGCCCAAACCACUGCUACGGCCUACACCCAUGUUACCGCCCAAAUCCCUGCAGCGGCCCAAACCACUGCCACGGCUAACAACCAUGUUACUGCCCAAACCCCUGCUACGGCCUACACCCACGUUACCGCCCAAACCCCUGCAGCGGCCCAAACCACUGCCACGGCUAACAACCAUGUUACCGCCCAAACCCCUGCUAUGGCCUACACCAAUGUUACCGCCCAAACACCUGCAGCGGCCUACACUCAUGUUACCGCCCAAACCACUGCUACGGCCUACACCCAUGUUAUCGCCCAAACCCCUGCUACGGCCUACACCCAUGUUACCGCCCAAACACCUGCAGCGGCCUUCACCCAUGUUAUCGCCCAAACCCCUGCUACGGCCUACACCCAUGUUAUCGCCCAAACACCUGCUACGGCCUACACCCAUGUUACCGCCCAAACACCUGCAGCGGCCUACACCCAUGUUAUCGCCCAAACACCUGCUACGGCCUACACCCAUGUUACCGCCCAAACACCUGCAGCGGCCUACACCCAUGUUUCAGCCCAAACCACUGCAGCGGCUGCCUAACCACUGCUUCGGCCUACACCCAUGUUACCGCCCAAACCCCUGCAGCGGCCCUAACCGCUGCUACGACCAACACCCAUGUUACCGCCCAAACCCCUGCAGCGGCCCUAACCACUGCUACGGCCUACACCCAUGUUAUCGUCCAAACCACUGCAGCGGCCCUAACCACUGCUUCGACCUACACCCAUGUUACCGCCCAAACCCCUGCAGCGGCCCUAACCACUGCUACGGCCUACACCCAUGUUAUCGCCCAAACCACUGCAGCGGCCCUAACCACUGCUACGGCCUACACCCAUGUUAUCGCCCAAACCACUGCUACGGCCUACACCCAUGUUACCGCCCAAACCCCUGCAGCGGCCCUAACCACUGCUACGGCCUACACCCAUGUUACCGUCCAAACCCCUGCUACGACAUACACCCAUGUUACCGUCCAAACCCCUGCUACGACAUACACCCAUGUUACCGUCCAAACCCCUGCAACGAUUAG